AUGCUGGCUGCACAAUCACCCAUCGCAUUCCUUCUCAUCAGCCUGCUCUGUUUCUAUCAGCUGCAGCAGGGCCAUGCCAUGGACGUUUCAUCAGAUGCAGAUAAACACAGAGGGAGCCGUGAGGUCGUCACCCAAACGCCUGCAUCUGAACCAGCAUCAGAACAAGACAACAGCCUUGUAUACAAAGGAUCACGUCUCCGCCAGGAAGACUUCCCUCCCCGCAUUGUGGAGCACCCCUCUGACCUCAUUGUGUCCAAAGGGGAACCAGCCACUCUCAACUGCAAGGCAGAGGGCCGUCCAGCCCCCACGGUGGAAUGGUACAAAGAUGGGGAGCGCGUUGAGACGGACCGCGACAACCCCCGCUCCCACCGUAUGCUGCUGCCCAGCGGGUCCCUCUUCUUCCUGCGCAUCGUCCACGGACGACGGAGCAAGCCUGACGAUGGCAGCUAUGUGUGUGUGGCCCGAAACUAUCUGGGCCAGGCGAUCAGUCACAAUGCAUCCCUGGAAGUAGCCAUUUUACGCGAUGACUUCAGGCAGAACCCAGUGGACGUCAUGGUUGCAGUGGGGGAGCCGGCAGUGUUGGAGUGCCAGCCUCCCCGUGGGCACCCUGAACCCACCAUCUCCUGGAGGAAAGAUGGUUCCAACUUAGAUGACAGAGAUGAACGCAUCACAAUACGCAGCGGCAAACUGAUGAUCACCAACACCAGGAAGAGUGAUGCAGGGAAAUACAUCUGCGUUGGAACUAACAUGGUGGGAGAGAGGGAGAGCGAGAUCGCUGAACUCACUGUGCUCGAGCGCCCAACCUUUGUGAAGCGGCCCAGCAGUGUGGUGGUGCUGGCAGAGGAGAGCGUGGAGUUCCACUGUGUGGUUCAAGGAGAUCCUGUUCCCACUGUCCGCUGGAGGAAAGAUGACUCUGACCUGCCCAAGGGCAGAUUUGAAAUCCUGGAGGACCAUACCUUGAUCGUUCGCCAAGUGACCUCUUCAGAUGAGGGCUCCUAUACAUGUGUGGUGGAGAACAUGGUCGGAAAGUCUGAAUCAUCCGCUACGCUCACUGUACACGUGCCGCCAGCAUUCGCCAUAUGCCCCAGGAACCAGGUGGUGGCGGUGGGCAGGACGGUCACCUUCCAGUGCGAGGCCACCGGCAACCCACAGCCCGCUAUCUUCUGGCAGAGAGAGGGCAGCGAGAGUCUCCUGUUCUCUUACCAGCCGCCACAGCCCUUUAGCCGACUGUCUGUCUCCCAGAUGGGCAGUUUGACCAUUACCGAUGUUCAGCGCUCUGAUGGCGGCUUCUACAGCUGCCAGGCUCUCAACAUUGCUGGCAGUGUUAUUACCAAAGCACUGCUGGAGGUCACAGACUCUGGUUCAGACCACCCUCCUCCCGUGAUAAGGCAGGGCCCACUCAAUCAGACCAUUCCUGUGGACAGCACAGUGGUCCUUGGCUGCCAAACAGCUGACUCUCCACCUCCUACAGUCCACUGGAAGAAGGAUGGUGUGGUGGUGUCUCCAGUGGACUCACGUGUGUCCAUAGCAGCAACAGGAUCACUGGAGAUUCGCUAUGCUAAGCUGGGAGAUACAGGCUUCUACACUUGUGUAGCUUCGAGUCCCAACGGAGAAGCAUCCUGGACAGCGUACUUACAGGUGGAGGAGUUUGGAGUUGUUGUUCAGUCCAGUCAACCGAGAGACCCUAACCUGAUUCCCAGUGCUCCAUAUAAACCCGAGGUGACUGACAUCAGUCGUACAUCUGUCACUCUGUCAUGGAAAUUAAACCCCAGUGCCGGUGCUACACCUACAUCCUACUUAAUCGAGGCAUUCAGUUAUACAUUAGGCAGCAGAUGGGUGACCCUAGCUGAACAUAUAAAGACACAGACCUUUGUACUGAGGAACCUGAAGCCUGCAACUGUCUACCUUUUUAUGGUCAGGGCGGUGAAUGCCUAUGGCCUCAGUGACCCCAGUCCAAUCUCUGACUCUGUCAGAACACAGGACAGCACUUCCACCAUGCAAGGAGUGGACCAUCGUCACAUCCAGAGAGAACUUGGAGAUGUGGUCAUCCACCUGCACACCCCCACUGUCCUGUCAUCUUCUGCUGUCAGGGUGCAGUGGAUGGUCGAGCAGCAGUCCCCAUACAUCCAGGGCUACAAGGUGCUUUACAGGGCGUCUGCUGAGCAUGGACAGCCAGAGGGGCAGUGGAGUGUCCUAGAUGUACACGCUUCACGCGAGGACGGGCUCGUGAUCGGUCAGCUGAAGAGAGGAUCCAUCUAUGAGUUCAAAGUGCGCCCCUUCUUUGACGAGUUCCAGGGAGCUGACAGUGAGGUGAAGGUGGUCAGGACUUUGGAAGAAGCCCCUACCAGAGCACCCCAGGGUGUUACAGUGACAAAGAGUGAUGCCAAUGGGACUGCAAUCCUCGUUGCUUGGAAACCGCCUCCAGAACGGGGAGAAGCAGGAGUCAUUCAGGAAUACAAGAUCUGGUGCCUGGGUAAUGAGAGUCGGUAUCACGUGAACCAGUCAGUCGACGGCUCCACCUUCUCCGUGCUCAUCUCCAGUCUGGCACCAGGAAUUCGCUACAGUGUAGAAGUUGCAGCUAGCAAUGGUGCUGGACAUGGGGUCAAGAGUGAUGUCACUUUUUUUCAAUUAGACUCUGCAGGCCAGAUGAUGGACAUCAGUGAGGAAAGAGACACAUUGUCUCAGAUCUCAGAGGUGGUGAAGCAACCAGCAUUUAUCGCUGGCAUUGGCGCCACCUGCUGGUUGAUCCUGAUGAUAUUCAGUGUUUGGCUCUACCGUCACCGCAAGAAGAGAAGUGGCCUCAGCAGCACAUACACUGGCAUCCGCAAGGUCCCCUCAUUCACCUUCACACCUACAGUGGCGUAUCAAAGAGGAGAAUCUGUGUGCAGUGCUGGCAGACCUGGCCUUCUCAGCAUGGGUGAACCACUAAACCAGCUGUGGCUACCAGACAAUUGGCCUAAUGCAUGUGCCAAUCACAAAGACUGUAGCAUCAACUGCUGCAAUAAUGGCAACGGCACCAGUGACAGCAACAUGACAACAUACAGCCGACCAGCUGACUGCAUAGCUAACUAUGGAAACCAUCCAGAAAACAAGCAGGGGGGACAGCUUGGUUCUGAGACGGCCAUUUACAGCGAUGUAAACCUCUCCAACAAGCUCAACGAGAUUAAAACGUUCAACAACUCCAACUUUUGCUAUGCAAGUCCAGGAGGGGAUUCAGCAGCCACAUAUGAACCCAUCCCGUAUGCCACCACACAGCUCAUACAGGCCAGCAUUAAGAAUAAGGCAGCCACUGGUGGCGCUCUAGCAGAGCCCCUGGACAUGCCUUGCUGGAAACAGCCGCCCAACCCGCCGCCAAUACCAAAGGAGAUGGCAGCACAGAUGCAGUACAACAUAAUUGAGCAAAACAUGCUAAAUAAAGAUCAUCUGCAAGGAGGUGAGGGAAUGCUCCAUCCAAAAACUAUCCCCUACAACCAGAUGCGGGAUCACAGCACAGGAGGCUCACACCACAGCUCUGACAGAGGCAGCAACAGCACCUCAGGGAGUCAAAAUCAAAAGAAAGGAACGCGGGCACCAAAGAUGCCAAAGCAUAACGCAGUAAGCUGGGGAGAAGCCCUGUCUCCUCCACAUGCUAAUACCUGGGACUGUGAUGAGUAUAGCCUACCUAUGGACAGAAGUUUUGAUCCAGGGGAGAGAAUAGAAGGCUGUCCCACUCCACCAGUUAGAGGGGCAGCCUCGUCCCCUCCUGAAGCGUCCUAUAGUCACCCACCUAACCCAACACCACAGGGAGACCUGAGCAAUGGCCUGCAUGAUGGGACAGAGCACCCCAGCAAACACAUCACCAGCCACCCUGGCCCUCUUUCCCCAACACACACCUACAGCUCCAUACCCUUCAGCAUUGACACCGAUGUACAGGAAGAGGAUGAGGAGGAAGAAGAGGAGGAGGAGGAGGAGGAGGAGGAGGAGGAGGAGGAGACAGACGCAGAGCUUGCUGAAAGUCACUACAGCCAACACCACAACCGUCAGAAGCACAAACACCAGCUGCACCAACCCUCUCCACACAAGCUGCUCCUCCACGGGCUGGAGCAGACUCCAGCUUCCAGCACAGGGGAUCUAGACAGAUCAGUCACAGGGUCCAUGGUUAACAGCUGGGGCUCAGCAUCUGAGGACAACAUCUCAUCUGGCAGGUCCAGUGUUGUCAGCACCUCGGAAGGAUCUUUCUUUACAGACGGCGAUUUCAACCAGGCAGCAGCCUCUUCGCGGGAUAUUGUAGGCCUGCGCAUGUGCAGAUAUCCAGAGGAGUCAGGCCGGCGGCACCAGCGGCCCAGCAGCCCCAUGUCCACAGACAGCAACAUGAGUCCUGCAAUAACACAUAAAAGACCCAGAAGGCAUAAACAGAACCAGUCUGGCUACCAACCCAAAGAUGUCUUCAAUGAUGACUCUUGCAUGCCCCUGAACUUUUCCAACCCGACGUCCCACGGCGACUAUAAAGUGAGGGGGGCCACGUUGCCUCGGAUGGGCUCUGGGGAGGCCCGGGGUCGACGAGGCAGCACUGGGACUCACAGGGUCAAGGAGGCUACAUGUGAGCAGAGAGAGAACCACGAAAAGCACAAGAAUCCACAAGGAGGAAAAGGAAGCAGCAAAAGCCGACAGCACUCAGAAUUUGGGGAUGUCCUUCUGUACAGCCGUCCCUCUUUCCCUUCAGGUCAGGCUCAGAGGGAGCAUGAUAAUACUAAUUCAUCCAGCUUUAUGUCGUGUGGAGACUCAAGGACCAAACAGGGAGGACAGGUGGCACCUACAGAACAGGUGGAAGAGUUCCUGAAAAGCUAAGAAGCAAUGUGGGCACAAAAGGAAUAUCCUACUUUUGCUUCAGACAAAGGACUCUGAAAAUACUGCACAAUACAUGCUAUUGUUUUCUACUUAAAAUGUCUCAUUAGGUGUUGGAAAAAAAGAAAAAAGUGCCCUCAUGUUUCAGUCUGUGGACUUUAAUUUGAUGCACUGUUUAUUGUUUGCUUUUUGUGUGACCAGCCUCUAGGAGCCUGAGCCGCUGGUUGCUCACUAAAGUAAAAUGAAUGCACAUUUGAUGGCGGUCGUGAGUGUCUACAAACAUAUUGUCCAUGGUGACUGCUUGACGCGGUCUAUACAUGAUCUUUGCUUGUCAGUUGUCUUGUUAUUUUACUGUAGUUGAUAUUCAGUCAUUACCAGCCAUCUUGUAAAUUCUUGAAAUUGUUUACUGCCACAGAAGUGCUUCAAAUUCAAAUUUUAUAUAA